AUGUUUUUUGACUGGCAACUUAAAAAUUACUAUGCUUUAUGCUUUCAACUUGAAACAGAUAAUACGACUGCUAUUGGUUUUACAACAAGUUUACUUGAACAAUCCUAUUAUGAAGAGGUGCACUGUAAUGCUAUUUAUAAAACUUUCAAGGAACAGUUCGAACUUUAUGGUCUCAUUAGUGAUGUUGAAGGCACUGGUUUUUUACUAGCAUAUUUAAUAUUAGAUACUACUAAAUCUUUCAAAAAUGAACAACAGCAAGGAUUAAGAACUGAAGCACUUACUAGCUUCUUUCAAUCUCUUUUUAAAAACUAUUUUAACAUGCAUUCUAAAAUCUCUGUUAAUAUUAAUGGACAAUUUUUGUCUUCUAAUGAAAUAAGGAUUAAAGCUGAUAAAAGCAAAUUACAAGUACCUGAAAAUAUAAAAGUGUUUAGAACACAUAGUCAGGUUAAUAUUUUUAAUCAACAUGAUACAAAUGAAAAUUAUGAGAAUAUUAUUGAAAAGCAUCAAAUACUUGAAUCUAAAAUAUUAGCAUUGCAAUGUUUAGUUGAUCAUCUUAAUAAGAAACGAAUUGCAAAUAAUUUACAACAUGUAGAGGCUGUUGUUAACAAUUUAAAUUGUGCUUUUACUAUAUUCUCAAACAUUGAAAAAGCAAAAAAUCAGAGAACAUAA